UCCGAAAGGAAAAAGAAAAAGAGAUCUGGAAUUUGAGAAGAAUGAAACCAGAAAAUAUUGACAUUGUGGUCUUCAUUCUGAUGAAUUUUAUUAAUUUUUUACCAGUAGCAACAUUACAACCCAGAGGUCCGCCCAAGAUGGUCGAUAUGCCGACCACAGAUCUUGAAUAUAAGGAGGGGGAGACGAUGAGAAUCAGCUGUCUCAUGACGUCCAAACCCCGCCCAAUUCUGUACUGGUACAGACAUGGACGCCAAAUGUGGCACCACCAUGAUCCAAGGUACAACAUAUCACGGACUGUGCUGAUUAUUUCGUCUUUAAACUUAAAUGAUUCCGGCGAGUACUCCUGUCGUGGUAUCAACCAGUAUGGCCUCAAGGAAGUCAUAUUUACGUUGAAUGUUUUGUCAGAUAACAAAGAAGAAAAGGACUUGCAGCAGCUGACCAUUGUCCCCUCCAACUUGACCGCUACGCUGGGACAAUCCAUCAAACUUGUGUGCAGCCUCAUUCUGGAUCAGGAUGCACCAGAAUAUGUGUCAUGGGUCAAGCGUGAUUCUCUCGACCAGUUCAUCUCCAAUGAUACUAUCAUACAGACGAGCGUGUCGUACACUAAUGAAUCGCCUCAACUGUACCUACCAAAUCUUUCUUAUGAUGAUGAAGGUUUAUACACCUGUAUCAUCAUUAACGAGGGAGUGGAGCAUUGUCACACCUGGCUUUGGAUCUCACCUGAAUCAGUGCAUCAAUCUACAGAAAGUCAAGCAGUCAACGAGAAUAGAUUGGUGGUCGUGUAUGUCAUUGUACCGUUGGUGGCAGUCGUCGCUAUUGCAGUUAUAGGAAUUCUGAUCUAUCGAAAAUGGAAGGCAACAAGAUUAUCACAUCAGGGCAUAACAUAUUUUACUGUAGAGAAAACAUCGGACAGUACACGAGAUUUGGUGACGUAGUACACAAGAUUUGGUGACAUACACAAGAUUUGGUGAUGUAGUACACAAGAUUUGGUGAUGUAGUGCACAAGAUUUGGUGAUGUAGUACACAAGAUUUGGUGAAGUAGUAAUGUCUCUGUUUGGCUAUUUAAAACUGGAUUUGACAUCUUCGCAACAGCAAGGGUCAUAUUAGAAUUAAGGAGACACAGACAAAACAAUUCAUGGAAAAUAAGAUGGGAAAGGAAGGAAAGAAUAAUAUCCCAAGUGUUGCAGUGGAGGCAGCAGAUCUAUUUUGGUACACAAAGGAAACCACCUAAUCUUCAGGAUAUCCACGUCAAUUCUUACGGUAAACAUGCAGUGGAUUACAGGAUUAAUUCUUGGUAAACACUCGCAUGCCUCUAAGGUGUUUUGGUUCACCGAUCAGAUCAGAGAAGAUAUGGUGUAACCUGCCUGACCAUGAUGUGGAUUUACUUUGGUUUCCUCCCACAAUCUUGGCCUCGCACGCUUCCAUCAGGGACAAUAAUAGCUAUUAUUAUACCGUAUGUAAGAUUCUCGCCUUAUUAUUGGUCAAUUCCUAAUCACAUGACCUGAAACAAUAUGCAGUGUCAGAAACAGCGGUCAACAUUGCCGUGGGAUAUUGCAAUGUUCCCCGCUCCGCCCGAAAACACACAAUUGUUUCUUACGGAAAAUCCCGAACAUUGAGAAGGGAGACAAUUCUUACAAACGCAACAGUGACACAGACAACUUGUAAACAUGGAGCAGACGUCCAAGAGGUUUGCCUCAAUAUUAAUUAUUAUUAAAUUUUUCUAUUCGGUAUAAUAAAAUAAAUAGUGCCCUUGUCUGAGGGGAAUAUGGAGGAUUGUUUCCCCUCGAGAACAUUAUCUUCCCUCGCCUAUCGGCUCGGGAAGAUAAUGUUCCCUCGGGGAAACAAUCCUCCAUAUUCCCCUCAGACAAGGGCACUAUU